ACCAAAGCAGAGAGGCGAGAAAAGAUAAAGCCAAAGGAUGGAACAAGAUGUAGCCCCAAAGGCUGCCAGGAAAGAAGGACCUGAAGGUAUAACCUUUAAGGAAGCUCUAACCGCAGUUAAAAUGGCUGUGAUUCUUGAAGGACAUCCUCUUGAGCGCUUAUCCGAAGAACAGGCCCUAGACCUUGAGUUCUUGAUAACUGAAAAAAUUUCUAGAAAUGAAGAGGGUUUUGUCCCCACUUUUCUUUCUUGCAGACUAGAAAAUGGGGCACUUAUCAUCAAUUGUGCAGAUCUGGGGAGCUCUAAGUGGCUGGAACAGAUUGUAGUUGAGAUAAACCCAUGGCAGGAGCAAACUCUCUUGGUAGGAGAGGCAAGGAAACUUGUCAGAACUACUAAGAUCAUUGCUAAACUGCCGAAAGUCUGUAGUAAACUGGAGUCCAAAGAGGUUCUGAGAAAGAUUGAGGCACAAAAUGGUGGGCUUACUCCAACCGAAUGGAACAUACUUCAUCGGAAGAAUGAACCAUCAGGACAGACCAUCGUCCUUAGCGUGCCUGAACUGGACGCGGCUACACUUGGCAAAAGGGGAUAUAAAUUUUAUAUCGGACUUCACCAAGUUCAAGCCAAAGUCCUAGACAAACCUUCCAAAAACGAUGGGGGUGAAGGUUCUUCAAGCCAACAUCCACCACAGUAGAAGUGGCACCACAAACCUCACCAAGAAAUUUCUUGAUGAGGAUUUUCACCUGGCCCUGAUCCAAGAACCUUGGCUUGUCAGGGGAAAAAUCAGUGGCCUCAAAGGAACAAAAGGGAUUUAACAGCAGUGAAAGUCAGACUCAACAUAGAGGGAAGAGACCGAGAAAUUGUUUUUUGCUCAGUCUACCUACCCUAUGAAGAGAAGGCUCCACCUGACCAAACACUGCACAAACUCCUGCAGUUUUGUGCAGAAAACAGCUUGCAGGUAGUCUUAGGGCUGGACUGCAAUGCUCACCAUACUGUAUGGGGCAGCACAGACACAAAUAAAAGAGGUGAGUGUCUUUUAGAAUUUAUUCUUAAUUACAAUUUAGAUAUUUUGAAU